UUUGGGGCAUCAGGAAUAGGGCAGAUAUACUCCGAUGCUCGGACCGACCUCGUUGCUCCACCGCUCUCCCUGUCGAUACCUCACCUCGCCCCUCUCAUGGAAUCCGCUGUCUUGGUCCUUUCCUUCCUCACUGCUCCUCUCCUCGUCCAGAAUUCUCCGGUGAUCUUUCACCAAUCCUUUUCUCCAUCUCGGAGCUCCAUUAUCCCGGUUUUUCUCUCUUGAUUUCGAGAAAGAUCCCUUCUUUCUGUGAAAUAUUUUAUUUUGGUGGUCCUCUCGUCGUCGAUGACUCGUGUGCAUUUCUUUCAGAGUCCCGGGACUUCGAUGAGUUCUGGGCAGUUGCAGCUUUAGGAGAGAAUAGAAGGACAAAUUUGGGUUUUUGGAAGUGGUUAGGGUUGCGUAUUGCUGUGAGUUUAUGGGAAUGGGUUUGUCGAAGUAUGAGGCUGUGCCAAAGACUACCUUAUUCGCUUUCCUUCUUCUUUGUCUGCUGGUUGGGUCGGCGGGUGGCAAUUUGGUGCUGAUCGGCAGAAAUGUAUCAUUGACAUUCCCGGAUGUCGAGGCCAAUUUUGGGUUUUCAAUACCAUGGGGAGGAUCAAGCAAUCACAACAACAUCCACCGUGCAUUUCUUAUUUUCUUUUUCUCAUGUGUAGUUGCCACUAAGUUGUUUUUCUUUUUAUGUUCAGCUCCAUCGGUAAAAGGAUCUGGUGAGAAUGGGGUAUUAUAUGUUGCCGAACCAACUGAUGCAUGUGCUCCAUUAACAAAUGAAGUUGCUCAAGGUUUAGAUUCUCGAUUUGCAUUGAUUAUAAGAGGAGGAUGUACAUUUGAUGUUAAAGUCAGAAGUGCACAAAAUGCUGGCUUCAAAGCUGCAAUUGUAUAUGACAAUGAAGAUAGAGGUUCCCUGAUUUCAAUGGCAGGAAACUCAAUUGGCAUCCAUAUCCAUGCUGUGUUUGUUUCUAAGGCCUCUGGCGAGAUACUAAAGAAAUAUUCUGGUCGGACUGAUUUGGAGUUGUGGAUUAUACCCACCUUCAAGAAUUCAAUAUGGUCAAUUAUGGCCAUCUCCUUCAUAUCACUACUUGUCGUGUCUGCUGUGCUUGCUAUGUGUUUCUUCAUCCGCAGACACCAUAUCAGGCAUGAACGGCCUAGAGUUUCUAACGUUCGAGAGUUCCGUAGAAUGAGCAGUCAACUGGUUAAAGCCAUGCCAAGUCUCAUAUUCACCUCAGUUGUGGAUGAUAAUUGCACUUCAACAACUUGUGCUAUUUGCCUAGAAGACUACAAUGUUGGGGAGAAGCUUAGGCUAUUGCCAUGUCAUCAUAAGUUCCAUGCAUUUUGUGUCGAUUUCUGGCUCACUACUUGGAGGUCUUUUUGCCCUGUUUGCAAGCAAGAUGCUAGGGCAGGAAUACCUAAUAUUCCAGCUUCUGAGUACACUCCUUUACUGUCUUCUGGUGCAGCAACUCCAUCUUCCAAUGCAGGACUAUCAUCAUUUUGCUCAUCCAUGGCAUCGUCCCCAGCCAUCGAAAUAUCUCCUCGGCGGUCACAGUCAAAUUGCCAACCACAUUCAUUCUCUAGUGCUCGUUCCCCAGCUACUCAAAUAGCUACAAUGACUCCCCAUUCACAAUCAAGUUCGUUCUCUAGUGCAUGUAUCGCUAACCCACAAAGCUCUUAUGGUCACUCACCAGCAUUUAGAAUUGGUAGAAGUUCUUUGGACCCUAGAAAUGCAUCAUCUCAUAGACCUCAAACUUAUCUUCUAUCAUCUCGUUCCUUGGAAUUUCCUGGGUCAUCGUCUAUCAAUUCAGGACUUGCAUCCUCUUAUAUUCUUGGUUCAAGUUAUGUGUCCCCGAGCAACCUUGCUGCAUCUUCGAGUCGACAGUCAUACUUGAGACAUUGCACUGAAUCAGGUGCAAGCCUAUCUGAGUUGGCCUCGGCUCAAUCUCCGCCAGGAUGUUGAUUUAUAUCAAUUUUCUGCAAUGAGGUCUUGAACUAUGUACAGCUGCAGUUUUGCUGCACGUUAUCAAUUCUUUGUUGUAUGGGUUGUCAGAUCCUAGAUGGCAGCAUGAGUUGCAGUAACAAUUUGAUUCACUGUUCUACCAUGAUGUGGUGAUUCAUGUGCUCAACAUGAUUAUUCAGGUUUUAUGGUUUCGAUCUAAUUUUGUGUU